CCCGGAUGGAUUUACCAGAGGAGAGCUGCUACAAAAGGAAGAAGAAAUUCUUGGAUGAGAGUGGGCAGAGAGUAGUAGACCCCUGUCCCAUGACGUCUCUCCCUCCAACUCUCAACCUCCUUUUCGAAAAGGGAUUAUCCCAAUCAUUCUACCAUUCAGCGUUUUCUUUUCCAAGUCCAUUGAUCUCUUAGUGGCGGUCCAUUUUCUCAAAGUUGACACUUGUUCUUCUCUUCUCUUCGCCUCCGAGCUGACGCCGUCCACCUAACCCAAAUUCCUCUCCCUUUCGACGCACAAUCCAUCCACAUCUUCUCUGUUCCUGAAAUAAUCCCCAAAACCUCGAACGAUCCAUCCUCCAUUCUCCUCCGAAUUUCCUUUUUCCAGAGCUCCUGAGCUGAACACUGUUGAAGAAUACUGCGGAGGCGACGAUGGUCCGGGAGUUCUUGGCGGUGGUGGUGCGCGCGGCGCUGCAGUGGGCGCUGGCGUCGCUGCUCCUGGCCAACGGCGCCGCCUUCUGCCUCAUCGCCGCCGUGGCCUCGUCGCUCCGCCUCGGCCCGCCGUGCCUCCUCUGCGCGCGCGUCCAUCGCUUGCUCGGUUCCUCCUCCUCCUCUGCUUCUGCCGCCGAUGAUGGUUCUUCCAGCCAUGAACACGAGGCCUUGCGCCGCCUCCUCUGCGAAGCCCACGUCGCCGCCGUCGCCGGCUCGGCGCGCUUGGAGCCAGAGCGGCGGCUGGAGAAGACGUGCUCUGCUUCUGAUCACGUCGAUGGAAGAAGGACAGAUGAUUCAGAUAAACAUGGAGGCCUGGAGGCUCACCGCGCUGUUUCAAUCGGCAGCGAGAUCUGCGAGCAAGAUCGUGGCAGCGACCGAAACAUGGACAGAAGCUCGAGCAUCGACAAUGACGGCCCGUACGUAUCCCUAUUCGAGCUUGCCCCCAUCUCCCCGCUCUCGCCCGAUCAAGAAAACCCGCCGGAGCUCAGCAUGCCAAGCUCGGUGGCGCUGCUGCAGGCCGGCGUGGGGGAGGAAGAGGAGCAGGAGCGUGAUCUGAUCACCGUGAGCGGGCUCGUGGCCGAGCUCCGAGCCCAGCGGAAGGAGCUGGAGGCGGCGCGCGCGGAGCUGGAAGCCGAGCGGCGCGGCAAGGCGGAGGCGGUGGAGCAGGGGGAGCUGGACCGGGAGGCGGCGCGGCUGGCCAUGCAGCUCGUCCACGAGGCGGAGGCCGAGAAGCACGGCCUGCAGCGGCGGCUCGAAGCCUGCAGCGUCAAGGCGCAGCUCUACGACGCCGCAGCCGCCAUGGACGCGGCAGCAGGUCUAGGAGAUGUUGGCGAUCUGCCGGAGCCGGAGAAGGACGGGAACGGGAACGGGAACGGCGGGAACAAUUACCAGUCGCUGGUGGACUUCUUCCCGGGGUCGGCGGUGUACUCUUCAUCGCCGGACCUGGCCAACUUGCUGAAGCUCUACACCGAAGGCAAUGGCGGCGGUCGUCGUCGUUCGAUGGAGAGCGUCAUGGAUGACGAUGCGUCGGCCGUCGUAGCCGUCGCCGAGGAAGAGGAGGUGGUCGCCGUGGUCGUGGCAGCGGCUGUUUCUGAUUCCAACGGCGGAAACAGGCAGACCGCCGGUGGCAUUGAUGGUGCUUCGCCGUGAUAAACCUUGGGAACACGAAGCAGGGGCAGAUGCAUGCGACAAGUGGAGGCUUCCAGCAGAGAGGCCGCAACGCAUCAUCAGUUGAUCGUUGUGUGCAUGUGUAUAUUGAUUUGUUUUCGUCCAACUGGCAUUCUUUUUUUUUUCAGUGUACAAAGCUUCAAAAGGAUGAGGACACAUGGUGAUCAUGUGAUGUGAGUUCGGAACUUCCCGACAGGGGUGCGAGUCAGAAAUUUCAAAGUGGAUUCGAAAUUUAGAAGUCCCCGUUUAGCUUC